AUGGCCGGCAGUCUGACCCAGCAAGGCGCCCUUCAUCCCGGCUACAGCUCCAGCAGCGCGGUCCCGGUGCCGGCCAUCGGCUCCAGAGACAAGUGGAGCAAGAAGAUGGACUUCCUGCUGUCCGUCAUCGGGUUCGCGGUGGACUUGGGAAAUGUUUGGAGAUUUCCGUACGUAUGCUAUCAGAACGGAGGCGGUGCUUUCCUCAUCCCCUACAUGUUGAUGGCCAUCUUCGGGGGCGUGCCGCUCUUCUACAUGGAGCUGGCACUGGGUCAGUUUCACAGAACCGGAGCCAUUUCCAUCUGGAAACACAUCUGCCCCAUUUUCAAAGGUCUAGGAUACAGCAUCUGUGUCAUCGCCCUGUAUGUGUCCUUCUACUACAACACCAUCAUCGCCUGGGCCCUGUUCUACUUCUACUCCUCCUUCUCCACCAUCCUGCCCUGGACCAACUGUGACAACGUGUGGAACACGCCCGACUGCACCAACUACUUUGGCGUUGACAACGUCACCUGGACGAAUUCCUCCAGGUCUCCGGCAGAGGAAUUUUACACGAGGAACGUUCUGGAGAUGCACAAGUCGUCGGGGCUGAAGGACGUGGGGGGCGUUCGCUGGCAGCUGAUGCUCUGCCUCUUCCUCAUCUUCACCAUCGUGUACUUCAGCCUGUGGAAGGGCGUGAAGACGUCGGGGAAGGUGGUGUGGGUGACCGCGACCUUCCCCUACAUCGUGCUGUUCAUCCUGCUGAUACGAGGCGCCACUCUGCCGGGAGCCUGGCGAGGAGUGGUGUUCUACCUGAAGCCGCAGUGGGGCAAGCUGCUGGAGACCAGCGUGUGGGUGGACGCGGCGGCUCAGAUCUUCUUCUCUCUGGGGCCGGGGUUCGGGGUGCUCCUGGCCCUCUCCAGCUACAACCCUUUCACAAACAACUGCUACCGCGACGCCAUCGUGACCAGCGUGGUGAACUGCCUGACCAGCUUCGUGUCCGGGUUCGUGAUCUUCACGGUGCUGGGCUACAUGGCAGAGAUCCGGCAGGUGGAGGUGGAGGACGUCGCCAAGGACAAAGGACCAAGUUUACUCUUCAUCACUUACCCAGAAGCCAUUGCAAACAUGAUGGGCUCAAGCUUUUUUGCAAUCAUCUUUUUUGUGAUGAUGAUCAUGCUGGGACUGGACAGCACGUUCGGGGGGCUGGAGGCCAUCAUCACCGCGGUGUUGGAUGAAUACCCGGAGCGUUUCUCUCAGAGACGUGAACUCUUGGUUCUGGUCUUAGUCAUCGUCUGCUUCUUGGGCUCCCUAAGCACGCUCACAAAUGGCGGGGCCUACGUGGUGAAGCUGCUGGAGGAGUUCGGAGUCGGGUGCCCCAUCAUCAUCGUGUGCUUCAUUGAGGUCAUUGCAGUGUCCUGGUUCUACGGCAUCAAGCAGUUCAGCCGGGACGUGGAGUCCAUGCUGGGCCGAGCUCCAGGGUUAUUCUGGAAGGUGUGCUGGGUGGCCAUCAGUCCAGCAUUUUUAGCGUUCAUCAUCGUGAGCGCCCUGCGGGAGGCUCCGCCCCUCACGCUGUUCCACUACCAGUACCCCGACUGGAGCGUCGUGGUGGGGUACUGCAUCGGCCUCUCCUCCUUCAGGACAUCACGGUUGGAGGUGUGCCUCCGACCCGAGAGGACCAUGCCAGACGUCCACGCCGACGGCCUCAUCGCGGACACGGUGCUCUAG